CGGGGGCGCGCUCCUCAGCCUGUCCGUCCUGGGUAUCAGAAAGGCUGGCCCGGCUCAGAGCUGCUCGGCCCCGUGCCUCUGCCCCGUGGGUCCGUUGCCACCACUGCCCCUCUCGCUCCCUGUUCCUCCCCUGGCCGGGCCAGCCAUACCUCUCUGAGUCCCGAAGUCAGCCCUCCGGGUGUCCCUGGGAAGAAACACCAGGGAGCACAGAAGGCAGCCCCGCCGUCCGCGCCGUCGGGGCCGGGCACAGCAGCCGAGCCCCCGGGGACAGCCGGCUUGCUUGAGGGCUGAAGAGGGCGGGGGGGUCGGGGGGUCGCGGCCAUGGUUGCCACUUGCCUUCAACUGGUUGGAUUUGUGACAAGCUUCGUGGGCUGGAUCGGCAUCUUGGUCACCACGUCCACCAAUGACUGGGUAGUGACCUGCGGCUACACCAUCACCACCUGCCGGAAGAUGGACGAGCUGGGCUCCAAGGGGCUCUGGGCAGACUGUGUCAUGGCUACGGGGCUGUACCACUGCAAGCCGCUCGUGGACAUCCUCAUCCUGCCAGGUUAUGUUCAGGCAUGCCGAGCCCUCAUGAUUGCUUCAUCAGUCCUGGGACUACCCGCCAUCUUCCUGCUAUUGACUGUCCUGCCCUGCAUCCGGAUGGGUCAUGAACCAGGAGCUGCCAAGUACCGGCGCUCUCAGCUGGCUGGAAUCAUGGUGAUUCUGUUAGCUCUGUGUGCCUUGGUGGCCACCAUCUGGUUCCCUGUGUGUGCCCACCGAGAGACCAUGAUCGUGAGCUUUGGCUACUCCCUCUACACGGGCUGGAUCGGAGCCACCCUCUGCCUCUUUGGUGGCUGCGUCAUCAUGUGCUGCUCAGGAGACGCUCAGUCCUUUGGCGAGAACCGCUUCUACUACUCUUCAGGCUCCAGCUCCCCCACUCACGCCAAGAGUGCCCACGUAUAAGGGAGCAACUGGACUUCCCCAGGCCGUCCACUGAGGUGCGCCAGCAGCUGAUGGACCUACGUGCUUAGGGUUUGCUUGUGACAGUGGGUUGUGUAAGAACUCCCCUGCCAAGCUCUGACGCCGAAGGUCUAGAAAAGCCUCCCGCCCAAUGUUCUGUAGCCUGAAUUGCCCACCUGCUGCCUUAAGAGAAAUCUCUCCCUCAGUUGUACCCCUACAUGUUGCUCAUGGUUCUGCCCAAUCCAAGCACUUCCAAAAAUUCAUAUUAAAGAGCCCUGGGCCACGCCUCUGUUUAUUUUUUAGUUUUUAUCUUUUUUGCUUCGGGUAUCUUAUUUCGCUUUUGUAGGUAUUUUUUUGGUUGGUUUUUUUUUUUUUUUUCCCCUUCUAUCUUAUCUAACAUUUCUGAGCAGGGAGGGGAAAAAAGACACUUUCAAGCUGUUUCAGAUGACAAUGGGAACCUCCUAGAGAUGCCUCCCCGGUCCAUUGCUCCCUUUAAGUUAUAAGGUCACAGAGUUAUAAGAGAAAGAGGGCAGAUAAGGUUGGGGAAGGGAGGGAGGAAAUAUUGGAACUUUCUGUCCCUGGGAAAGUUGAGUUUUUGUAACUUUAGAGUGCAGGGUGGAGUUAGGAGUGAUUUUUUUUUCCUUAAAAAUUUUUGGUUUUGGGUUUCACAUUUAUCUGUACAUAGCCUUUUAUUUUUCAUGGCUCCUUUUUGCAAUCAUGAUUUUCCUGAAAUUCUUGAUUCACCAAUAUGAAGGAAAUGAACAGAUUAGGCUUUAACCACAUAGUCAUUAACCAUGGCUACCUUGACAUGAUAUUCCAUAAAGCUGCUUCUGAUUUUUUUUUCCUUCUGGGUACAGAGUAGUUCUCAAACUCAUCAUUUCAUGUUUCCAUUUAACCAUUUAAAAACCACCACCACUUUUCCCCUUUCCCACCCUCAUGUCCAUUCUGACAACCAGCUUGACGUGGCAUUAUUGAACACGUGCUGUACUGGGGUGUCUAUAGGUCUCCUCCCAUGCUGGUGUGCCAGCUAGAGAGAGACAGACACCCAUCUCUCCAAGUACUGAUGCAUUUUGUAUCUUAAGUAAAGUACUGUAAAAAUAAAUAACAGACUGUCUGCAAAA